CUCCCCGCAGCGCGAGGGCCUGCCUGGCUUCCCGAUAUGGCUUUGCUGCUGCUGCCCGUGCAUGGCGAUGCGCGGGGGGCGGGCAGGGGACCCAGCCGUCCGUGGGGGCGCCCCGGUUGCCUCCGGUGCCCAGGUGCUGCUCGCUCGCUCGCUCGCUCGCUCACUGCUGUAUCCGGCGAAUGGAUUGCACCUGGGAGGUCUGCGCGUGAGAGCCCAGUUCCCGGAAGUGCUUGUAUUGGCCCCCGUGGCGGUCACUUUCCACGACGUACUGGAAGCCCCGGUACCCGGGGAACUGGGAGCACACCCAGCUGGGGAGAGGGGAGAGGGGGAGAGGCGUCAGCAGCAGCAGCAGCAGCAGAUCCAGCGAGCCUGAGCCUGGCCCUAGCAGCGGGGCUUGGAGGCAGCCAGCGAGGGGGCCCCUCCUCCGCCCUUGUCCCGGGGGCAAAGGGGCCAGCGUGAGCCAGGAGGACAGCAGUCCCUCAGCUGCCUGCGGAGCUCUGCAAAAGCUCGAUCUGGGCCGUGCUCCUUGAAGGGCAGCAGAACCCCCAUAGAGCCAGCCUGGGGUAGUGGUGAGAGUGCUGGGCUAGGAGCGGGGAGACCCGAGUUCAAAUCCCCCUUCGGCCAGGAGACUAGCUGGGUGACUCUGGGCCAGUCACUUCUCUCUCAGCCUAACCUGCUUCACGGGGUUGCUGUGAAAGAGAAACUUAAGUAUGUGCUGCUUGGAGGAAGAGCGGGAUAUAAAUGUAAUAAUAAUAAUAAUAAUAACAACCCCGGCUUCCAUCACAUCGUCCUCAGUCCGUGAAUGUGGGAACCCUCCCCUGCCCCGUCCCCAGACUUACGCGCCAGAGUGGACGUGGAGUGAGCCCACCUCACUGCUGCCCCAGCCCAUGGCCUGGAGGGAGGGGCAGUCCUCGCUCAGCUCUCCUUUGCGGCCCAGGAAACUCUCGUGCUCAAAGACGGACAUCCUGCUCUCCUGGUGAUUCUGUGGCAGGAGGAGAGGGCAGCAUCAUCUCGGCUCUUGGCUCUCUGCUGGAGUCGGGGGCGGGCAGGCAGCAGCUCCCUCCAGGGUCCCACACUCCAGGGUCCCCCACUACCCCACCGUGACUCUCUCCGGGAGCCACCCCCCCUGUGGGGCCACUGACUUGGCAGAGCCCCUGAUGGCCUCUGCGUGUGGGCGAGGCCUCCGGACGCCACAGGACACUGCUGCACCGUUUGACUCUGUGCCCCGUUGGGCCAUGGCCAUCCCCACUCACCGCGCAGGAGAUGGGCCGGAAGGAGCUCAGCCUCCGGACGUGGUAGGCAUUGCUGCCACUCCAAGCUUGCCAGCAGGGGUAGCUGCCUCUCUCCAGGACAAACUGCUGCCCCUGGAAGCCAGGGUGCUCAAAGCCGACCCACCUGUGGGGACAAUGCUGUCAGGCCUCCUGGCUUCCCACGGCCUCCGCUGGACACAGCCAUGUCUGAAUGCACAGAAGCCACCCCUCCGAGCCACGGCCCUGACAGGAAGGGGAAAGGCAGCCCCGUGCCAUCCACAAAUUCCUCUCCCGACUCCAACGGCCAGAGCGAGGAGGCUUCUGGGGAACCUUUCCGGAUCGUUGUGUUUGACCAAGAGAACUUCCAGGGCCAGCAGAUGGAAUUCACCAGUGAAUGCUUAAACCUGGGUGACCGAGGCUUUGACCGGGUGCGGAGCAUCAUCGUGGCCUCCGGACCCUGGGUGGCCUAUGAGCAGUCCAACCUACGUGGCGAGAUGUUCGUCUUGGAGAAGGGCGAGUUCCCCCGAUGGGACACUUGGUCCAGCAGCUGCCGGAGUGACUGCUUCCGCUCCAUGCGGCCUGUGAAGAUGGAGGCCCAGGAGCAGAAGAUCCUCCUCUUUGAAAGCACCCACUUCAAGGGCAACAAAAUGGAGAUCCAGGAGGACGACGUGCCCAGCCUCUGGGUGCACGGCUUCUGCGGCCGAGUGGGGAGCGUCAAGGUGCCCAGUGGGAUCUGGGUGGGCUACCAGUACCCCGGUUACAGGGGCUACCAGUACCUCUUUGAGAGGGGAGACUUUGGACACUGGAACGAGUGGUCGGCCUUCCAGCCCCAGAUCCAGUCCAUCCGGCGCGUCCGAGACAUGCAGUGGGGCCCCCCCAAGGGCUGCUUCCUCGCCCCCGAGAGCCCCCCCAGCUGAGCAAGCGGCUCCUUCUGCCACCCACCGAGCUCUCGGGGCUGCAACAGACGCCCCCCCCCCCCCCGGGCCUGCUUCUCACCAGAGCACAGCUGCACCCUCCUCGCCGGCUCCUCCCGUUUGUC